AUGCCUCGUAGUGAUAAUCCAUUGGUCUGGUGUUGCGGUGCGUGUGGAGUUUGUCUAAUCGUCACAGUCAUAACGGCGGCUAUACUUACCCCUUCCAUCUAUGGCAUAGUGGUUACAUCUAAUUCGAUCAGUAAUUAUCCCGUAGGAGGUGCAGAAAGGUGGGAAACUUGCAAUGGUGGUUAUUACCUUCGCGUUUUCAUUAUUGGUGCCCUAGUUAGCUUUUGCUCAGGAGAUUUAGUGCCAAUAUUCCCGAUAGUUUGGGCUUUUAUAGGUCAUAAUUGGCUUUCUAAAGCAAGCGAUUGCGAAAUCCACGAUCAUGCAUUAUAUGAAGCGGCCCAUACGUCUUGGAUUCUAAUUUGCGUUGGUUGUGUGAUGGGUCUGGCUAUCUGGGUUGUUGCUUGCGGAGCCGUUUGUGGCAUUUGGAGUUGUGCACUAUGUUGUUCUCGCGACAAAUUUUCUACAUGA